AUGGGUUUCGAGCCCGAGACAUAUUACCUCGGACCCAACAAGCAUUGCCCCAACAAUGACAUGCCAGUCCUGAUCUAUCGCGAUUGUCUGCCCCUGCCGCUCUCCGAAGCCAAAACCACCGAGUUCCUCGAGUCGCACGCCUGGGAGAAGAAGGGCACCUGGGGACAUAUCGCGUACAGGCAUUUUCAUCCCAAUACGCACGAGUGCUACGGCAUUUUCCAGGGCGAAUCGAGGAUACUGGUCGGAUGCGGCACGAACGACACCUCGGGCGGCGAGGAGAUCGAGGUGCACGCCGGAGAUGUCAUCGUCCUCCCGGCUGGAACGGGCCAUUGCUGUCUCCAGAGCAGCACCGACUACAGAUACAUUGGCGUUUACCCAGAGUACAUCGACCAUCUUGACGAGAAAUCCAAGAGCUUCCAGUGCGAGUAUCGCAUGGCAAGCCUCUUACGUCGACUCCUCUCGACCACUCCACCAGAAAUCGCCAAUGCCACAAUCAGAAGGAUGAACCUCAACUCCGCAGACCUGCCCAAAAUUUUCCUGCCGCCCGUCAACCGGUCCAUGCAGACGCUGGACAAGUCGUUCUUCCGCAAAGUCGUGCCUCUGGCCGCCGCUACGAUCCCGGAUGUCCGACAGAUCACGGCCAUCAGAAGGGAACUCGAAAAGUCGCAGGACUUGCUCCGAGUCAGUCCAAUUAAGCCGUUGCGCGAUGACGACUCGGUCGGCCAGGGAGCGAAGUGUCUUCUGCUCAGGCCUGGGAUUGACGCCAACGAGCGGAAAACAUGGUCACAGACCAUCUCGAGGCUGGUGGAAGAACGACUGGCCAGCUUACGACCUUACGAUUUAACACUCACAUAUGACGACUGGACUAUGCAUAAUAUUCUCGAGGCAGUUCUGCCUGAGAUCCCGGAGGAAGAAAAGGAAACCCCUGCAGGUUUUGCUCAGGUUGGCCACGUCGCUCACGUGAACCUGCGCGAGGCAUAUUUGCCUUACAAAUAUAUAAUUGGACAGAUCUUGGUGGACAAGAAUCCCAACAUCACCACCGUCAUCAAUAAGACAUUCGAUGUUGGUACCGAAUCCGUCUUUCGAACAUUUCCAUAUGAAGUCAUUGCCGGCCCAGAUGACCUCGAUGUUACAGUCCACGAGUCUGGUUGCGAGUUCAAGUUCAACUUCGGGAAAGUGUACUGGAACUCUCGACUAGGUACUGAACAUUCUCGGCUCUUUGAGCAGUUCAAGGAGGGUGAGGCUGUCUGUGACGUUAUGGCCGGUGUUGGACCAUUUGCUGUGCCGGCAGGUAAACGCAAGGUCUUUGUCAGGGCGAACGAUCUCAAUCCCGACUCGUACCAAAGCCUUGAAGACGCCAUCAAGUCUAACAAGGUCAGCGACUUCGUGUCAGCGUCCUGCGAGGACGGCAGGGCUUUCAUCCGCACCGCAACCAGAGACUUACAGCACUCUCCACGAGAAGCACGACUGCCCUCCAAGUUGAAGAUUUCGCGGAAAUUGACCAAAGAAGAGAUGCAAGCGCGUCGCAAAGAGGCUGAUGCCGCAGCAAAAGUUCUCAAAGAACCGAAUGCGUUCGCUCACUAUGUCAUGAAUCUGCCGGCCAGCGCCAUCGAGUUUUUAGAUGCAUUUCGAGGCCUCUAUCACGGUCGAGAGGCCGAAUUCAAACCACACACCUCGAGAGGUUUGCCGUUGAUUCACCUGUACUUGUUUCAGACGAAAUUUGCCUCUGAGGAAGAAGAGAUCCAAGAGAUCUGUGAAAGAAUAUCGCAGCAUAUCGGAGCUCCGGUGAAGUUCGAUGAUCCAGAGCUGGACAUGCAGGUUCGAUUUGUCCGACUUGUUGCGCCGAAGAAGAAAAUGUUUUGCGCGAGCUUUCGCAUACCGGCCAGCGUUGCGUUCGCGCAGCCUUGA